CUGAGAAUAUUUCUAAGCAAAAUUAUUUUUAGUGCUUGCUCGUCACCUCGCCUAACCAGACAUGGAAGUGUCGUAUCCAUUGGCGAAACCCAGCCGGAUGAAGCGACUUUACACCGUCUGAAGCUGCUCACAGCUCUCAAAAAAGAGGUCAAAGUGAUUAUGGAAGAGGCUGUGACGAAGCGGCAAAUCGACAUCAAUUCACCCUAUGUCACAUCCUUAUGCGGUAUGUGCUAUGUGCUUUAG